CAGUCGUGGUGAAUCUAAUUUUAGCCGCAGAAGAAGUCUCUUAAUCUGACCGGGAAACCAAGGCAGCUCCAGCCCCGCUGCCCUGGAUGAGGAGGGGGUUCUAGCGCAACGGAGGAGGCUGAAUUUGUUCGGGCGUUUUUCCAUCUUUUUGCACAGAGUCACCGAUGGCGCGUUAGCUCCCUCCCCCGCACCGAGCAGCGCGAGCACGGCGGGAAAUCUUCAGGAGUGGCCGUUACUUUUUUAGCUAGCAAAGGAAGCAGAGACCGGGAUGACUCAACAAGCUGCCGCCCUGCAGACCUACAACAACGAGCUGGUCAAAUGCAUCGAGGACCUGUACUCCAAGCGGGAGGAGCUGAACCGCCAGAUCAAGCUGGAGGAAGAGGAGAAGGAGCGACUUCAGCACGACAUCCAGAUCCUGUCAGAGAAGCUGAGCAAAGUCGAAAAGAGUCUGGCUCAAAGGCUGGCCGCUAGAGCCACGUUCGACCGCACCAUCGGCGAGACGGAAGCGGCGUACACCAAGAUCUUGGAGAGUUCCCAGUCUCUGCUGAGCGUCCUGAAGCAGGAAGCGGGGAACCUCAGCAGAGCCACAGAGCCGCGCAGGAAGGACCAUUAAGGCACGAUGGAUGUGCCGGCACUCACUUUGUAAAAU